CUCUUGAAUGAGCCAUAGUUCAGGUUUAAGUACACAUGCAGAUUAGUAGUAGGCGCGUCUAAGCCUUGAUGACCCCAAAUACCUUACACUAGCUCCCAAGUUAUAGCCCACCAAGAAGUUUCCUUUUGCCUGGUACAGUAGCCCAUCCUCAUGGGAAUAAAACCCCCACCAUGAACGACUCAGCGCAGCCUCCCCAAUUCAGCGGCGCAGGUCUUAGCGGAGGGCCGGCAGUCGACAUUCACCAACCCUUCACCCCAGCUGAGCGCAUCGAACAGCUCAGUCAAGUCGACAAUGACAUAGCCUCCCUGCUGAACCAUCUCUCCUCGGCGAUUCGCGCCCUGGCUACUCCUCCCUCAGCAGCCGGCAGCGACAACGACGGGUCAGGCGACGUGCUUAUCCUCGACAGCAGCCCUGGAGCCGCCCCCCCUUCAUCGAGCCCGUUGACGAGCUUCCGAGCAGCUCAAGCAGCCUUCUUCCAAACUGUCGACCGGAUCGACAAGCAGCUCACUCGCCAAAUCUUCGCCCUCGAGGAGGCGGGCAUCAUCACCCUACGCGGCAACACCACUAACAUUGGCGACCAGCAGCAAACACAGCAACAGCAAGGCCAGGGUCAGCAACAACAGCAACAAUCGGGAGAGGCCGCCGACGGGGCUGCUGCUGUUGCCGCGCGGUUGGAGCCCAACGGGAUCGGGCGGUAUGGGAAGCUGGAUGUGGGGCAGCUGAACAUGGCUAGCAGCACGGUCGAAAGGGACUUUGAGGCCGAGCUGUGGCGCCGGGCGAGGGAGCAUCUUGAGAGGGUUGUGAAAGAGGAGGAGGAUCGGAUGAAGGAGUAGUAGGGGAAUGAGGUUGGGGGUUGAUUUUGAGGUUCCCGGGUUGUUAGGUUGGCACUUGGCAGGUGUUAUGCGACUCCUAAGGGAUGCGGCGUUAUGGAAUUCAGGGGUUUGUGGAAGAUACCCGAAAACCGGCCGACACUCAACUAUCCAUCUCUACUUCUUGCGGUCUCCUUUCUGCCUGGUGAAUGGUCAGGCUCGCAAUCCUGACCUUUUGUUCACCACUCUUGGCUAGUAAGUCAUAAAUAGCAUCCAUCCCUCUCCAGGACUUAGAUUGAAACAGCAGACAAGUGGCGGCUGCUAACAGACAUAGCCGAUGGCGAGACGUCAGCGAGAGGACUGGAGGAGUAAGCUUCCGCAGCACGCCAUAUCGGCCACCGAAAUUUGCCAACCGCCACCCCUUGGCCUGGCGAUCUC